AUGGCAACCGAAUUAACUGUUCAAUCAGAAAGAGCUUUCCAAAAGCAACCACAUAUCUUCACUAAUCCAAAAGCUAAAGCCAACAGAAAAACCAAAAGAUGGUAUAAAGAUGUUGGUUUAGGAUUCAAAACCCCAAAAGCCGCCAUUGAAGGUUCAUAUAUUGAUAAAAAAUGUCCUUUUGUAGGUACUGUAUCAAUUAGAGGUAAAAUUUUAACUGGUACUGUUGUUUCAACUAAAAUGCAUAGAACUAUUAUCAUUAGAAGAGAUUAUUUACAUUAUGUUCCAAAAUAUAACAGAUAUGAAAAAAGACAUAAAAAUGUUGCUGCUCAUAUUUCACCAGCUUUCAGAGUUCAAGAAGGUGAUGUAGUUACUGUUGGUCAAUGUAGACCAAUUUCAAAAACUGUUAGAUUUAAUGUUUUAAAAGUUGCUGCAACUGCUUCAAAAUCAAAAGGUUUCUCCAAAUUUUAA